UCUAAGAAGCUAUUAUAUAUUACUGUCAAUUUGGAAAAACUCUUAUUCAGAGAUGAGAUAGAAACAUCUGUCUAUACUUUGCUGAAAAAUGGUUUACCAAGUAAUGAAAAAAAUUCUGAAUUGUCAUUUCCUGAUCUCAGUUCAGAAAGUGAUAAGAAAAAUUCUGA